UAUUGACAAACAUAUAUUCAGUAUGGUUAAAUUUAAAUUAUUUUACUAGUAAUUCAGAUUUGUUGGAUCAGAGAUGGCUGCUUCAUCAGAGGCAGAAAAAAUGUCAAAUUCUGUGUCAUCUGAUGAAAGACAGGAAAAUACUAGUUCUUCAGAUGAUUUUACUGCAAAUUCAAGUGUAUAUGACAAAUUUCACGAUGAAGGUAAAUUGGAUAAGUCGUCAAAGGACGGAGAUUCCUCGGGGAGUGAGUAUGAGUCAGCAGAAGAGGAUCAGAACAUUAUUGAUGAUGAAGAAGAGGAGCUGGAAGAAAUACUGACAGAGGAAGUCAAAAAGGAAAGAAGAAGUGAAGCACAGACACAGAAGGAGAAAGGAAAUGAGUUUUUCAAGAAGCAGGAAUAUGAAAAUGCUGUGAAGGCUUAUACUAGAGCUCUUAGGUUGUGUCCGAAAGAUUUUAUCAAAGACAGGGCUAUUCUAUACUCUAACAGAGCAGCAUGUAAAAUGAAAGAGAGUCAGAACGAAGAAGCCAUAAUGGAUAGUAACAAAGCUCUGGAGCUCCACCCCCAGUACCUGAAGGCAUUGCUGCGACGUGCAGAGCUGUACGAAAAAGUGGACAAGUUGGAGGAGGCACUGACAGACUAUCAGAAGGUGGUGGAGAUGGACCCCGCUCAGCACUCCGCCAGGACCGCUUGUCUUAGAUUACCAGACCAGAUCAAAGAAAAAAAUGAAAAGAUGAAGGAGGAGAUGAUAGGGAAAUUGAAAGAACUUGGUAACAUGGUGCUGAAGCCAUUUGGAUUGUCAACAGAAAACUUCCAGCUGAAUCAAGACCCAAACUCCGGGGGAUACAACAUCAGUUUCAAACAGGGCCCUCCCUCCUCCUGACAGUUGCUGGUCAACAGAAAUCCCAAGGCAAUGUUAGACAUUUCUCUGCUGGCUCGUAGAGUUGUUUUAUAUGUUAAUUUAAUUGUGUAUGGACUAGAUAUUGUCUUUACUUUCCAUUUGAGUGCUCUUCAUCAUUGUUUAUCAUCUUUUUAAAAAAGGUGAAAUCAUUGGUUUUGUAUGCAUACAUGUAUGAUUGUUGAAGAAGUGAGAGUCAAUGUAUAUUGUAAUGAAAAAUAAAUGGUAUUUUUCUUUUUAA